AUGUUCCGGCGAUUUGACUGGCCCUUAAUUUCUGCUUUUGUUGAGAGAUGGCAGCCAGACACGAACACGUUUCACAUGCCUUUUGGGGAGAUCACGAUCAUGCUGCAUGAUGUGUAUCAUAUUCUAGGGCUUCGUGUCGACGGUUCCAUGGUUUCCACUACUCCUAGCACGGACGUUUUACGGGACGCGUGCUCGGUUACCUUGGAUAUGACUGAGGAAGAGCUGAAUGAGAAGUGCGGUACCAAAACCGUAUGGCAGGGUAGUGGGGUCCUGACUGAGAGGAUAGUGGAGUCGACCUUGGAGGCGCAGAGGCCCUUCAGUUUCCAUUACAGGGCGUACCUGUGGUUAGUACUCGGCGGUUGUUUGUUUUUGGACAAGGGUGGAAACCGUACUCAUCCUUCCUUCCUCAACGAGCUGUUUGUUGAGGAUGUUCAUAUUAGUGAGUACUCCUGGGGUUCUGCUGUGCUAGCAUACAUGUACCGGCAAUUGGGUACAGCAUCACGAAGAGAUGCUGAUUCUAUCGCUGGCUGCCUUACGCUUCUGCAGGCGUGGAUCUACGAGUACUUUCCGUGUUUCCGGCCUCAGCAUGGGACCUUGACCAGAGAGCUUGCUAUUCCUCGUGCGUCCGCCUGGGAUGUUGGAUCGGGGUGCCCUAACAAGAGCAUGGAGCGCCUUCUCGCUUUUCGGGCUAGGUUGGAUCUUCACGGCCGAAUGUUGGCUCUCAACUCUGCAAGUGCUGGUGUUGCCAUAAUGUAG